UCGCUCGCCUCCUGACGUCAGCGAGAUUGUGAGCGAGUGCAGAGCCUAGCGCACUCUCCCUGCUUCUCCCCCAUUGUGAGCAAGCUGAACGAUGCGAUCGCUCGCAGCCAUCGUCGCCGCCCAAUAGAGACCCCAGCCCGAGCACCGCGCACAGCCCCCCGAGAGACGCCGAGAGAGCAGCAGAGAAAGAGACAAGCCCUGUUUCAAACUCGCAUCAGCUGUCGCCAGGCCGGUUUUUAAUGCUUUAGCUAGUCGCUGACAGACAGCGAGAGAGAGCGAGGGAGAAAGAACGAGCGAGUCAGACAGAGGGAUAGGGAAGAAAUACAGAGGAAAAGGAUUGCUCGUUUUUUGUACCUCGCCUAUUUUGGAGAGAAAGAAGAGUCGAGGCUCGCCUAAUCAUGGGAUGUACACUCAGCGCUGAGGAGAGAGCGGCUCUGGACAGGAGCAAAGCGAUCGAGAAAAACCUCAAGGAAGAUGGAAUCACUGCCGCAAAAGACGUGAAAUUACUCCUGCUAGGAGCCGGGGAGUCGGGCAAGAGCACCAUCGUGAAACAGAUGAAGAUUAUCCAUGAGGAUGGCUUCUCUGGAGAUGAUGUGAAGCAGUACAAGCCCGUGGUCUACAGCAACACCAUCCAGUCCCUGGCCGCCAUCGUCCGAGCCAUGGACACCCUGGGGCUGGAGUACGGGGACAAGGACAGGAAGGCGGAUGCUAAGAUGGUGUGUGACGUGGUGAGCCGCAUGGAGGACACCGAGCCCUACUCCCCCGAGCUGCUCUCCGCCAUGACCCGCCUCUGGACCGACUCCGGCAUCCAGGAGUGCUUCAGCCGCGCCCGUGAAUACCAGCUCAACGACUCCGCCCAGUACUACCUGGACAGCCUAGAUCGGAUCGGAGCUGCAGACUAUCAGCCCACAGAGCAGGACAUUCUCAGAACCCGAGUGAAGACCACUGGGAUCGUAGAAACCCACUUCACCUUUAAGAACCUGCACUUCAGGCUGUUCGAUGUGGGAGGUCAGAGGUCAGAAAGGAAGAAGUGGAUCCACUGCUUUGAGGAUGUGACAGCCAUCAUCUUCUGUGUGGCCCUCAGCGGGUAUGACCAGGUGCUGCACGAAGACGAGACCACGAAUCGCAUGCAUGAGUCUCUCAUGCUCUUCGAUUCCAUCUGUAACAACAAAUUCUUCAUUGACACUUCCAUCAUUCUCUUCCUCAACAAGAAAGACCUGUUUGCUGAAAAGAUCAAGAAGUCUGCCCUGAGCAUCUGUUUCCCCGAGUACACAGGUCCUAACACUUACGAAGAUGCGGCAGCUUACAUCCAAGCACAGUUCGAGAGUAAGAACCGCUCGCCCAACAAAGAGAUCUACUGUCACAUGACCUGUGCCACGGACACGGGCAACAUCCAGGUGGUGUUCGACGCCGUCACUGACAUCAUCAUCGCCAACAACCUGAGGGGCUGCGGCUUGUACUAACCGGCCCCGCCCCCCUCGCAACCCGUUUGGUAAUGAUUAUUAUUGAAAAUGCAAGUUGGUAAAUAAUAAUGAUAAUUUUAAAAAAGGCAUACAUAUAUAUAAAUAUAUAUAUAAAAAAUCUUUUUAGUUUGUGUCAAAGAGCUGCCAACAGAACUGAUUUCUUAUAGAAAGCCAGCCCUUAUGGCCGUAGGACUCUAGGACUUUCUGUUCUGUUCUGUUUUUUC